GGGGUACUGGGAGCUGCGGGAGCAGCGGUAGCGGCUUCAGUUCUAGGCAACCCGGACGCCCGGGCAGGAACAAGGGGAGAGGAGCUACCGCCCCGCGCCGCCCCUGCGCUCGGGGGCCCUGAACUCGCCCGGCUGCCGCUAACCUCCGCUCUUCCUCUGGAGUGAGGAGUGCGCAGCUGGUAUCAGAGCCGAGAGGGCAAGGGAGGGUAGCGCGCAUGGCCUCGGCAGGCGCGCGGCGACUCCCGGCCGGGACGCGCGCGGCGGCCAGGGGCUGCAGCGGCCUCUCGCUGCUCCCGGCCCCGCCCCUGGUCCCUCCGCGACCGCCGGGACCAAUGAGAUUUCUGAUCUCGUGCAGCCUCUUCUUGCCCCGGGCUGCCCAGGUCUUGGCGGCUGAGGCUGGCUUACCUCCCAGCCGUUCCUUCAUGGGCUUUGCUGCCUCCUUCACCAACAAGCGAAAGGCUUACUCCGAGCGUAGGAUCAUGGGGUACUCAAUGCAGGAGAUGUACGAGGUGGUAGCCAAUGUCCAGGAGUAUCGUGAGUUUGUGCCCUGGUGUAAGAAGUCUUUAGUGGUAUACAGCCGCAAAGGUCACCUGAAGGCCCAGUUGGAGGUUGGCUUUCCACCUGUUAUGGAACGUUAUACUUCUGCUGUUUCCAUGGUCAAACCUCACAUGGUCAAGGCUGUUUGCACCGACGGCAAGCUCUUCAACCACUUAGAGACCAUUUGGCGGUUCCGUCCUGGUAUUCCUGCCUAUCCCCGAACUUGCACUGUGGACUUCUGGGGCUGGAGAGGUUACUGCUUGAUGAUGCCUGGCCUGCGUGCCAAGCUCCCUGACUCUCACUGCAGCUUUAACAGCAAUGGCCAGAAGAGGGAGCUCCUGGAAAGCCAAAGGACCUGUCUAAUGAUCUUAAUUCCCCGACCAGGGAUGGAACCCACGCCCCCUGCAGUGGAAGCACAGAGUCUUAACCGCUGGACUGCCAGGGAAGUCCCAAGGAGUUUUUCUUAAUAUUCACCACCAAUCCAGGCACCUGGUGGCUAUGGUUGCUGGGUCUCCCUCACCUGUGGAUGGUGAGGUACAAGCGCAUGAGCUCCGUGAACUGAGCGUCAGUAUAGCCUAACAUGUUGGUGAAAUUGUGGGACCAGUCCAGCUUAGAAUCAAUGGCCCCAAUACUGCUGCCCUCUCGAUGGAGAUUCCGGUAGAUCUUUGCUGCAACACAAGGUAGCUUUGCAAUCAGAUCCAUACAGUCUUCAUAAAUCAACUGAUGGGGAGAAGAGGAAAAUGGAGGAAAAAAGAAGAGGAAUUAUCAACAAGGAAGAAUAAGGCAGGGAUGGUGUUUGUUCUCUAUGGACUGGGCUAUUUGGAUUGAUGAUUCUAUGCUGGGUGAUUAUAAACGGAGUAUAACAACAAUGACCAUUUAACUGAAUAACUGUUACGACCCAGGCACCGCAUUAAGGGAUUUAUACAAACUAUCUCAUGUAUAUUAAAACAUUAUUCCCAAUUUUUUCCCAUUCUACAAAGUAUAUAAUGACCUCCAUUUUACAGAAAAGGGAACUGAGGCUCAGAGCAUUCAGUUAAAUGCCAAAGUCAGAUUUUGAACCCUUGUAUGUUUAACCAUGAUCUUUUCCACUACAUGACUUUGCAUUCAAAGAAUGUGCUAAGACACUAGGUUUUAAUAAUUCUAUGUUCCAUCUUUCAAAGAAAAUUCACCAUAUACACCAAGGGUCAAACAGUGGCAUUCAAUUGUUAGUUAUUAACAAAGGCUUCCAUUUUUUUAAGCACUUACUAUAUAACAGGUACUGUGCUAGAUAUAUUAUUUUCAUUUUUUUCUUUUCUUACAAUAGUCCUGUAAGGUAACAUAGCCUUCAUUUGUAAAAACUGGGGCACAAGGUUACCCACUCAGCUAAUAAGCAUCACCUAGCUUAAAUAAUUAUUAACUCAUGGCCAUGCUUGUUUCAUCUAUACCCUUACUUUCCCCUCUCAUCUCCCAAAUUAUUUUGAGUGAAUCCCAGAUAGCAUAUAUAACAUGUAAGUAUUUAAGCAUGUAUCUCUAAAAGAUAAAGGUCCUUCAUAAUCAAAAUCACAAAACCAUUAUCCUACUGAAAAGAAUUUAACAAUUCUUCAAUAUCAUUAACUAUCUACUCAGUAUUCAAGUCCCCCCCACCUCAUUCAUUUAUUAUAAAGCUCCCCCUCAUUUGUCUGUUUCACUGAAAAUAGCCCACAUUGCAACUGUCUGACAUGUCUCUGAAGUCUUUUUAAUUAAUUUAAGUUCCCUCUUAUGCUGUGCUUUUUUUACUUUGCAGUUUAUUUGUGGAAAAUCAGAUCAUUUGUCCUGUAGAAUUUCCCACAGUUUAGAUUUUGCUAGUUAUAUACCUGUGAUGUCAUUUAACCUCUGUCCACUGUAUUUCCGACAGACUGAUAGAGCUGGAGGUUUGAGCAGAUUCAUGUUCAAUUUCUUUAGCAAGACUUUUUGAUAAAUAGUGCUGUGUUCAUUUAUUAAGAGAAACAUAUAAUAUCUGGUUGUCUUUUUGUGAUGUUAAUAGCGUGCUCAACUUUUAUGUCUCAAUUCUAUCUUCUCAUAGGGAUUUUAAGUUCCUUUAGGGAGGGUGACAGGGUUUCAGUAGUUUUUUUGGUUUUUUUUUUUUUUUGGCCAUGCUGUGAGGCUUGUGCGAUCUUAGUUCCCAGACCAGGGAUCGAACUCGUGCCCCCUGCAGUGGAAGCAUAGAGUGCUAACCAAUGGACCGCCAUGGAAUUCCCAAGUUUUUUCUUUUAAUAACAAAAAAAUUCAGGAAUUCCCUGGCGGUCCAGUGGUUAGGACUCGGUGCUUUCACUGCCAGGGCCUGGGUUCAAUUCCUGGUUGGGAAAGAACCUGCAAGCCAUGAGAUGCGGCCAAAAAAACACACAAAACCAAACAAAACAAUAAAAAAAAUUUCUACUUUCAGUCACAAUACAUUGAAAGCGUGGAGAAAAUACUUGCUGAAUGACAUUACAUAGUGCUAUCCUAUCAAGCUAACUGGCUAAAUGUUCCUGUAAGAAGUCAUGAGGUUUUGGUAGUUUUGUUGGAACAAAGAACAAAAUCUAUAAUAACUAGCCUAAAUGAGAUAAUCUCUGUGAAGUCAUCUAUUACUCAAGUACUCAGUGAAUUUUGUCAAUGCCACCAAGAUUCAAUGAGAAUACUGCCAAAAUUAAAAAGCUACUUGAAGCAAGAAGUACUUAGCUAACACUUGCAAGUUCUCAGGAGAUUACUUACAUGAUAAUCGUACUAUUAACCAUACCUCCUUGCAGAUUUACAUCCCCCAAGGAAGUAGGUUAUUUCCAGAAGCCUGCAUCAAGGAUAUGCAGUUCUAAGGGACCUGGAUUCAUUAGCAGAAUGCCAAGAACAAGAUCCUGGGCUAGGCAAACUGGUAUCUGUGGAGUAUGUACUAACUUUCAAAAUCAUUUGUAAAGUAUGAAUGACCACAACAUAAAGAAACGACAAAAAGAGGAUUGUUUCAACUUCUAGCACUGAGAAUGAAGUUUAUAAAGCAGCAAGUAUCAGAUGAGGUAUGACAGUGUGGGAUCUUUACCCUGCUUUUUGUAGUGGUAAAGCUGUACAGUCAAGAGAUUAAAUAAACAAACAAACA